CCAUUACUUUUUUUGAGAAAGCGGAAGUGGUUGGUCCGCCAUAAUCGUUCGUGUGGGUCUGUGCUUGUGUGGUUAAGGUUUCUUACCGGUGCCAAUAAUUAUUUUUAAUUAGUAGUAAGUUAUGCGUAUGAAUCCAGACAUGGACGAUGAUGAGAAGGGAAAAUUAUUCGUCGGCGGACUAUCAUGGGAGACGUCUCAGGAGAACCUGCAGCGUUACUUCUCCCGCUACGGCGAUGUGAUCGACUGCGUGGUGAUGAAGAACAGCGAGUCUGGCCGCUCCAGGGGCUUCGGCUUUGUGACUUUUGCUGAUCCCACGCUGGUCAACAUGGUGUUGCAGAAUGGACCUCAUCAACUUGAUGGAAGGACCAUCGAUCCGAAGCCGUGCAACCCUCGCACAUUGCAGAAGCCCAAGCGUGGGGGAGGCUACCCCAAGGUGUUCCUCGGUGGGUUACCUUCCAACAUCACCGAGACCGACCUUAGGGUCUUCUUCGGCCGCUACGGCAAGGUCAUGGAAGUCGUCAUCAUGUAUGACCAGGAGAAGAAGAAGUCUAGAGGUUUUGGCUUCCUGUCUUUCGAAGACGAGCUCUCCGUCGAGAGAGUGACACAGGAGCAUUUCAUCAACCUCAAUGGAAAGCAGGUGGAGAUCAAGCGCGCCGAGCCUCGCGAUGGUUCAGGCAAGCUGGGCUCCGGCGGUGGCGGUAUGGGCGGCGGCGGCAUGAGUGCCCCGGGCGAUGCGCCGCAAGCUGGUCAGUGGGGCCCCCCCGCGGCCCCCAUCAACAUGAUCCAAGGCCACAACGGACAAAUGGGCGGCCCCCCGAUCAACAUGCCCAUGGCCGGACCUAAUAUCAUGCAGGGCUACCAAGGCUGGGGCACCUCCCCAGGGCAGACAUCGUACGCGGGUUACGGCGCGGCGGGCGCGGGCGCCGGCCCCGGCAACUACCAGGGCUGGGGCGCUCCGCCCGCGCCGCAGGCGCCCCCGCACGCCCCCGCCUGGCCCGCCACCAACAACUACACGCAGCAGCCGCCCGCGCAGGGAUACGGCAGCUAUGCGAACUACAGCUCAGCGCCGGCGGGCGCGUCGGCCGGCGGCAGCUGGACCAACUGGAAUAUGCCGCAGAACUCUAACUCCACCGGCUCCGGUUCGUACGUGCCGCUGUCGGAGGGCGGCGAGAUGUACGGGCGCGGAGGGGGCGCCGGGGGCACCAGCGCGCCCGCUCUGUCGGGGGCGCUGUCCUCGGCGGCGCUCAGCAAGUCCUCCUCGGCGGACUACUCCACUUACCAGCAGUACCCGCCCGCCUACCAGCAGGACCAGGGGUCGUCGUACGGCGGCGGCGGGUCGCGCGCGUACGGCGCCGGCAGCGAGUACCACGCGUCCGCGCCCGCGGCGCAGCCCCCAGAGGGCGAUGGUGUGGGCAGCGCUACAGGAAGUCCCAAGUUCUUGAACAUACCACAGAUGAGCGAUGCCAUAGGAUCACCGCCACAGGUACCGAUGAUAUACUGUGGCGGAAUGGUGUCUCCUCAACCUUCGUUUUGUAACGUAUCAGACAUAUCAGCUUCUGUGUCAGGUGAUGAUUAUGAAUACACCGGGGGCUCGGGUGAUGGCUACCAACGGUCAUCAAAACGGAGCUACCACGGGACUUCCUCUAGCGGCACAGCAUCGGCAUCGUCCUACCAUCCAUAUAGGCGUUAGUAAUUGAAUAUCAAACUCCUAUCGACGUAUGCGAGCCUGGUAUUUCGAUUGCCAAAUACCAUUGUUUAUUUCAUAAUUUCGACUGUUUUAAUAUUUAAAAAGUCCAAACAUGUUUUACAAAUGAAAUAGGCAAUGUAUUUGACGUUACUAAACGUCUUAAAUGCUAUUCGGGUAGAGUAAGUUUUCUUACUGCUGGCAAUAAUUUAUAUCACGAUUCCCGCCGUUUGUCCAUUCUCGUCGACCUGUACGUAAUUGUAUAUUAUUGUAACUUUAACGAAUGCAAUCAUUGAGUUUGUAAAUGGUUUUUGGCGGAAAUAAGUCUAUAAGAAUCGAUUCUACCUUUCCCAAUGUAUUUUUGAUAUGUUUUUUACUGACAAAGUUAUAUUUGGCAGCUCUUUUGACUUAGAUGUUGCCAGUGAUUGGCAAAAAUGACCAAUAUUUCUCUAAACCACGCGGACCUCUGAAGGUUUUCUUAUAAACUUCUUUCCGUUAUAUUAUUAGUUAGUACAUAGAUUUAUUUUUCUUUUGGACAUAUUUGUGUAGUGUGGGAUGAUACAGCUGAGAUAUCAAAAUUGUAAGUUGUAACCAUCCAUGCAAAUACUAAAUUGUGCUAAUCGGCUCGGCUCUAGCUCUCUUUGAUGAAGUGGUAUUUUUGCAUUAAUAUACCGUGACGAUCAUCAGAUGAGAAAAUGUGUAGAAUUGACUCAUUUAUCUUUUUUUUUUUAAGUUUGCACUAUACAUUUUCCUUCGCAUUCGACAUUUACAGCGCUCUUUCUCACGAGGUUUGUUGUAUUAUCAAAUAUUGGUCAAAUGGCCAAAAUAUGGUCAAAAUGGCAUACCACAAGCAGAUUUUUUGAGAUCGGAAGGCCUAAAAAGAUGAAUUUCUUUAUGAAAGCAGUUCAAUCAUACUCGUACCUAAUUUAGUGAUAAGUACAGAAAUCGUAUUUAUAUACGAUAACUAUUUAAAACUUUCUACAAAAUUAAUAUUCAAUAGAUAUUGUACCGUUUUAAACUGGGGGAUUGACUCACAAAACCUUGUUUUGGCGCAAACCCGGUUGUGUUUUCCGAACAAAUGACUACAGAUUCUGUAAUUAUAUAGUUGUAAGCAAUGUAUGCUUACGUCCUCAAUGAAAUCAUGGAUCGUCGCGCCUUCGACUUGCAUUUAUGACUUAAAUUACAGUGUAAAAGCGGGUGACUUAAUUUAUAGUUCGUGAUUUGGUAUGAUUCUUCUCUUAUACUCAAUCUCAUUCCUUUAAAUCUUGCGUUUUCAAAUAAUUUUCACAUUGUUCGCUCUUUGACACCUGUAUUUUUGUUUACUUGAAUAAAAGUACUACUAAUUUUAA